UGUGCGUGUGCGUCGGUGCUUUGCUCCAGAGAUUCGUGUAGCUAUGGGGUGUUGUUGUUCAAAACCAAUUACUGACGACGAAAAAGAUGUUGAAAAUCAUGAACGCCGAAAAGAUAAAAGGACACGUCGGUCUCGAGAGUCGUCUGCUGCGCAGCAAAUUGCUAGCUGUUCGAUUUCACCGCAAACAAAUACUAGCGGCAGAGAAGAUGAAAUUGUGGCCGUAGAAGUGAGAGAUGACGAUGACAGACAAAGAGAUGACAACAAACAUCAAGAAUCGCAACGGUCAAACCUUGAAGAAAAAUAUCAACAAGAGGAAGAUAAAAUAGAAGUAGAGGAACGACAAACGAAGGAAUCGUUGGAAGAAAAUAAGGAGGAAGAAGAGAAAGAUGAAAUGAAAGAAGAAGAAGAAGAAGAAAAAGAAGAAGAAGAAGAACAAGAAGAAGAAUCGGUUCGAGAAGAUGAAAAAAUUAAGCCAAAACAACAAGAAAACAAAGAAGCAAAAAAUGAUGUUGAAGUUGCCUCUCGAGACGUCGAGAGAGAAACGAGAAAAGGAAAAGAAGAACGAGAAACAAUCGGAUUGAUUUUUAGAGCGUCAACUGUCAACGAGCAAAUCGUCACUUCUUCCAAAUCUAUCGGUGAAGAAGAGAAGAAUUCGAAGCAAGACAGCGCAUCCUCGUCCGAUGUCGACAAUCGAACGAAGCAACAACUGUCCGACUUUGAUUGCAUGACUGCCAGUCCAGUCGACAUGUCAUGUUCGAGUUCAGCGAUUGCAAUUUCCAAUGUUUUAUCUGAUAUGUUCCUUCGACCCCCCAAUCCAUCGUCUGAUAAAUGUUGUCUUAGUCCAGAAGAAAUAACGUUGGAAUGCAAUAAACAGGUAGAAGGAGAAAGUUGUGCAGCUUCACCCAAGACGAGAUCUGAUGAAACGGAACGUGUUGGUAUUGCAAAUACAAGAACUGAGAAUAGAAUGAGAAAAAUACGAGUGUGUGAAAGACUUGUUGAUCAGUUUCUAGCAGCAGCUGCGCCAAAUACCAUGGACGACAUCGAGACUGGUGGAAUUCUUUGCGGAAAAGAAAUGAAUGGAGUGUUAGACGUCACUCAUAUUCUCAUUCCUAAACAAACGGGAAAUUCAUUUUCCUGUACAACGUAUGACGAAGAUGACUUGGCGUUUUAUCAACUUGAACAUGAGCUCAUGACCGUGGGAUGGAUUCACGUAACCCAAUAUAAAUCUUUCAUUAUACUUUUAACCGAAGAAAUCGUGUUAACAGACUCAUCCCUCUCACGGCUGUUUUCUGUCAAGUGUUGACCUUCAUUGUCACUACUCGUAUCAGAGACUGAUGAAAGAGUCAAUAGCUAUCGUGUGUGCUCCAGAACGGACUGGAUACUUUACAAUGACUGGACGUGGAAUGGACUGCAUUACACGUUGCAAGCUUCCAGCACAUCAACUGCAUUAUCACCCUGAACGUGAAUUUUAUCGUCUAUUUACAGAUGCAAAUCACGUGACGUUGGACAUGACAAGACCAGGCGUUGUCGCAGACCUCCGGUAUGAUUGGCUAUAAAGAUGAAGCAAACAUGUACAUAGUGUAUUAAAGGACGAGAACACGGACGUGUACUAGUGUAGUUAGUUAUCUCUAACAUAUUAAUGUAUAUAUAAUUAUCUAUAUUUAGUUUAUUUUAAAUUAUAUAUUAUUCUACUAUAAUAUACCAACGUU